GUCCUAUCUAUAGCAGUGCGCAAGCCGAUUUGAAAGAGCCAUCACUUGCAUACUUAUAUCCUUGCGUUGUUACAACACACAUUCAACAUUGGCGGGACUUCAUUCGGCCGAAAUGGCUUCUACCAAUCUUCUCUGGAUAAAUCCGACAACCUCUACUGUGCCUUUCGAUCGCGCUAAAAUAAGACGUGAAGUUAUGCAAAAAGUAGCUCAGAAGCGGAAAAGACAACCAAAGCACCAGCAUCCUAACAGCCGACAAAUUCCUGUUUUUAUAGCCGACGAAGAUUUUAGUGGUAGCGCGACUGAUCGGAGGCAAACCGAAAUAGUUGAUGUGACCAGGAUUCCUGCUAUAACCAGCUAUGAUGAUGUCUGCUUGCGGGCAGAUGUAGCAUUUUUGCACACUGUCAGUCCGGCUUAUCCGAUAAUGCUCGCCAAAACAAAUCUACGUUUCCUGGAUCUAUCGCUACUGGCUUCAGUUGGAGUUGGUCGGUAUACUGGGCAAAGGCUUCUCGAAAAUCCUCAAAGCAUUACCCAUUUCUUUGAAGGAAAGAAUUGGUCAUACUUCCGUUAUAUCCCUUUACAAUACGAUCAAAGCGUCUUAAUACGCAGUGCUACGGAUUGUGUUCUAGCUCGCGUUAGAUGCUUGCUUACGCCUGAUGACAAGCAAUGGGAGCUACUCGCUCUUUCGAAAUAUUCGAUGGCGCUAUCAAAAUUACAAGAUGCGAUUCACUCUGCUUCUCAGCAUAUCGCAACUGAGGUGCUCUGCGCCACGCAAAUUCUAGGCCUGUAUGAACUGCUCAACCCUAGUCGGGAGAAUGCCUGGAUAAAGCACACCGCGGGAGCCACGUACAUAAUAAAGUUGCGGGGCCCACACAGCUAUAACUCCGAGUUUGAGAAAAGUCUCUUUAUGGGACAUGUAGGACCAAUGGCAACAGAAGCAAUACUCAAUAAUGAAGCCUGCUUCCUCGAACACCCAGCAUGGAGAGCAGUGCUUCAAUCAAUCAUCACGGACGAUCCCCUUGUACCAGAAAGAAGUACCAUGGUCAUCUCUAUGGUGUCGAUCUUUGUCACUAUCCCCACCCUCUUUAAAGAGUUUACUGACGUGAUUUGCCAUAACCCCAACCAACCACUUAAACCAAUCACAGAGCUCAUAUCUCGAGCCCAGAAACUUCGAGCAUCUCUACAAGACUGGUACGGCACCUAUAUUCAACCAAGUGGGAUGUCGGUGAAUGAUCCACCAUUUGGAAAUAUGUAUUACGAUGCGUUGAUUAUUUAUUACAUCUGCAUGAUAUACAGUGACCGGCUGAAUACGUGCAUUCAUUUACAGGAGACCCCAGGUAUAUACGACAUGGAGGAAGAAUGUCAAUGGUUUGCGAGCAUCAUCGUAUCGCUACACAAUAGGGAAGAAUCAUACUCUAACCGCCAGGGAUCAUUGCUAUUGGCUCAAAAGUUACCUAUUGCUGAAGCGACUAUUGAAUCUGGACAUGCGUGGAAAAUGCAGCUGAGUCUUGGCAAUGACCAGGAUCGCGUUUUCAAAAUGCCCAGAGAAACAUUUGACCACUGGUGCAAGCUCUUUGGGAGAAGAACUAUAUAAUAAUGAGAGCUGAUUUAUUACGUGAAUAAAAAAUUUAUUUAUUCCUUG